GGUCCAGAUCGGGAGCAGGGAAGCUGGUCUCGGAGUCAAGCUGUAAAGAUGGUGAUCAAUGUCUGCCUGCCACAGUUCAAGCCAAGAAUCCACUGCAACAAGAUCUCCGCAGAUGGUUACGAAGUAGAAAAUCUUAUCUCAGAAGACCCCGCCAAGAGAAACCGUGGGUUCCGCUGUGAAUAUUUUAUCAAGCCCCCCGUCCAGGUGAUGGUUUCUUUCCCCUUCAACAUAGAAAUCUGUCGGAUUAAUAUAGACAUUUCCUCUGGCAGCUGCCAGAACAUCACGGGGCUGGACAUUUGGACAUCUACCUCAUCCGGCAAAGCCUCUUGGAACAACCCAUUCUCAGGUCUGGCCGGUCCACCCUUGUUGGAGAAAGAGGCUUUCACGUUGGUGGGCAAAGCGGUGCUGAAGAAUCAAAGCAAAGUGACUUUCAGCCACCGGGGCUUCAAGCCGAGGCCUCCGUUCCAUCAUCCGAUGGACACUCUCUCUUCCUUCUCCGGCGCCGCAUCUCUGGACCUGUGGAACAAAGGCCCCGGCUCUCUGAGUGGCGUCUCGCACUUAAAAAUCUGCAUUACCCACGUGGCCGGAAGCGGCCUCCCUUGCAUUAAGAAAGUGGAGGUCUGGGGCCAGCCGGCUAAAUCUUGCCCUCACGAAGUGGUGGGCGACGUGUUCCGGGUCGCCUCGCAGUCCCCGGCGCCGGGCUUCGGCGGGCAGGCCUCCAGCCUCCCGUCCCCGAUGGAGAGUGACGUGGUGCCCUUCGGCAACCCGGACAGCCAGGAGCAGAAGCUGAUGGAGGCCGUGCAGGACGUCCCCGAAGAGUUCUUGGACCCGAUCACCCUGGAGGUGAUGACGUUCCCCAUGCUCCUGCCCUCGGGCAAAGUCAUCGACCAGGAGACCCUGGAGAAGUGCAACCGGAGCGAGGCAUCCUGGGGCCGGGUGCCCAGCGACCCGUUCACGGGGGUGGCUUUCAGCCAGCACUCCCAGCCCCUUCCCCACCCCUCUCUGAAAGCCAGGAUAGACCACUUCCUCCUCCAGCACAGCAUCCCCGGCACUAACUUGCUCGGGAGGGCUCAGGCCUCGGGGACCGUCAUCGCCUCUUCCAUAGCCCGGUCUUCUCUGAAAAGGAAAAUGGACCUUCUGGAGCGGAACCUGGGUCGCCGCGGCAACCUGGACCCCCCCUGUUUUUUGACAACGGACCCGGUGGCCACGUCGACCUCGGAGUCCCGCGCUAAAAAGAUGAAAAUGGAGUGCGAGGCAAACGCCUCCCAGAUGGACUGCUCGACAGAUCCAGUCUCCCACGAGCAGAGGCUUUCGGCGAGCCUGGACAGCGCCUUGAGCUCCAUGCCGUUGUUCACAGCUAGCCUGACGAAAAGCCAGCUAGCUCCGUGUAGCGGAAACAGCGGCCCAUUGAACCCGAGCAGCGGAUACGAGCACAACCGAAGCGGGGCUUCCCAGGGCUGCUCCUCCUGCUGCAAGAGCUUCUCCUCGUACUUCAAGCCGGAGCCCAUUUACCAGCUUCCCUGCAGCCAUCUCGUCUGUCGUUCCUGCUUGGCCGAAAAGCAGAAGUCUCUCUCGAUACUGUGUAUGGAUUGUAAAAGGUCGGUCGCCACGCACGACGUCGUGAGGGUCCACUUCUGACUCGCUUCGGGACGGGCGUUCGGAACCUUGCGAGCUGCCGAAGAAGAGCCCCCCGAAGCAGCCGGUUCUUCCUUCCUGGCUGUUCUCUCUGAGUCGGGCAAGUCGAGAGCUCCUUGCGGAAAGGAGCGGUUCCGAAGAGGACGUUGCACUAAAAUGCAUUGGUGGGGCUGUAGCGUUUCGCUGGGGCUAAAGCGAUCUGAGGAUAAUAAAGCCAUAUGCUUCCUAAUUACACCCCGUUAUUUAGCCGUCUUUCAGAUGGGUUCCCGGCCUAGAUGGCUUCCGCACGAUCUAAAUGAUGAAAAAGAGAUCUUUUUGUCAGUUAUAAGGAAGGAAAGACGAGGACGGAGAAGGCGUCGUGGAAGUGCUUCAUCUGCCGGUUUUAUUUUCUCCAGCCAUGCAAAAAUAGAUAAAUAAUAAUAAACGUGCGCCAGAAAUGAGCACACGGGUUGCCGGUUCCGAUGACUGCGGGACUACCUGGGGGUAGGUGGCAGUGAGGUGAUGCUUAAACAGUGCUGGGGACAGUUUUCUUUUCUUGUGCAAUCCGUGUGUGUAUGCGGCGGGGGUUGGUGGUGAGUCAGUGUAUUACGUAUGCACAUACAUGUCGUCCCUCUUGAUUCCUUUUGGGAAUUGCCGUCGACUCGGGAGCGCAGGGCGGGUGGGGACUGGCUUGCCUCCCGUACAGCUGAUGAAAAUUUAAGCCUUAAUAAAGUUACGGUC